GGGAGCGGGGAGCGGGGCGGGCCCCGGCGCGGUGCUCGGGCGGCGGCGGCGAUGUGGGGCGGCACCGGGGCCGUGUGGGGAGGCAGCCGGGCCGUGUGGGGCUGCCCCGGGGCCGUGCGGGGCGGCAGCGGCCCCGGCCCGCUCCGAGCCAUCGCCCGCGCCCUGCGGGGCCGGCGGGAGGCGGCCGCGGGCGGUGACCAUGGCGAGUUGUCUUUUCGGACAGGCCCAAGGGCUGCUCCGCAAAGGUAUAAUCACAAAGCACAGCUGGAGCCCAGUAGCACUCUGCCCGCCCCUCUCACUGAAAUAAAAAGCAGCAUGCUCACUGCGAAGAGACUUUUCAGCACCUCACACUCAUCAGUGGAUCCAAAGGAGAUGAAAAAAUUCCAGCUCCUUGCACAUAAGUGGUGGGAUGAAGAAGGAGACUAUGCAGCCCUUCAUUCUAUGAAUGACAUUAGAGUGCCAUUUAUUAGAGAUACUCUGCUGAACAUGAGUAGCAAUUAUCAUCUGGGAAGCCCGCUUUCUGGAAUAAAGAUUCUGGAUGUUGGCUGUGGUGGUGGACUGCUAAGUGAGCCUCUAGGUAGACUGGGAGCUUCAGUUACCGGAAUUGAUCCUCUGGAGGACAACAUUAGAACAGCAGAUCAGCACAAGUCAUUUGAUCCAGUUCUGGCCAAGAGAAUACAGUACAAGUCCAGUUCACUGGAUGAGAUGGUAGAAGAGUGUAUGGAAACGUUUGAUGUAAUUGUAGCUUCAGAAGUAGUGGAGCAUGUGGCUGACCUUGAAACGUUUAUCAAGUGUUGCUCCCAGGUGUUAAAGGUAAGAGAGUUCUUAUUCAUUACUACAAUCAAUAAAACACAGUUGUCCUAUAUCCUGGGAAUUGUGGUCGCAGAGAAAAUAGUAGGCAUCGUACCAGAAGGAACGCACGAGUGGGAGAAGUUUGUUCCCCCUGAAGAGCUGCAGCGCCUCCUGGAAUCGCAUGGCUUCUCAGUUCAGGCUGUGAACGGGAUGUUGUACAACCCCCUGACGGGGUCGUGGAGCUGGAUGGAAAGCACGAGCAUUAACUAUGCGAUGCACGCUGUGAAAUCUGGUGCUGGGGGACCGUCAAGCCCAACAGAGUCUCUGUCAGAGAUGGAAAGCGAGCAGCGCUCAGCCACAGCUGGCACCAGCGUGUGACCAUCUGAGAUGCGUGCUGAUGGACUGCCCCAGGAACAGAAAAGGUUUUACACAGAUGGACAUAAUAAAGCCUUUUGUGACAACAAGCUUGCUGUUUGCAUUAAUAAUGCUGACGCUAUUUUGGCCAAAUAUUUUCGGGCAGUCUCAGAAAAAAACAAGCGCCCAUUAUCUCAGGAAUCAUUUAAGAUUGAAGUGAGCAAAGCUUUUGAAGAAUAAAUAUUUUUAUGAGAGAGUAGUUUCAAAUUAAUCCGUCAAGAGCUUCCCUCCAAGCUAUUAUGUGUGAUGGUGUUUGUGUGUGAUCUGAGGAAAACCCAGGUCUCCAGAGAAUGACAGCUUAAGUGUAGCGUGAGUUUGAAAACAGUGUUUGAGAACUGAAAUGCUUUACAUGUAUCCGUUACACAACUGAGUCAGUUAAAAUACACAAAACACUUCAGAAAACACCACUUGUUUCCAUAUUGUGCUUCCUCCCUGAGAGGGAAAAGAUAAAGAGAGCAGCAAACCUUUUCUGUUGGGUCGUGCUAUUUCUACAGUUGAUGUGAGCUGACUGACUGCAGUGGAAGAAGAAUUUCCUUGCCCAGAAUGCCUCUAUCUCAGAAGUCUUACCACGGUAAAGGUACUUCAAGGUACUUUGUCUGCCUGUUGUUUCAACCUUCUUCUACCUGAAUAAAAGGAGCAACCAGAGCUUUAUGCUUGAAAAAUGACACGUUAGCAGUCUAUCCUAGAAUUGCAAUGCCACACCUAGUCAGAUGUUAAGUCCUGGUGCCAGGGUAAGGAAAAGUGUUCAUCUGCUCUGAAAUAGGACUUUCUAAAUAAAAUGUGUUAUGUGUGUUUAUGGUUGUAUCUCUUUCCUUCUCUUUCUUUCAGCUGUGUCGGUAGAGAGGUGGGCUGGCCAUACUAACUUGCAGUUUGCAGGGGUGACAACUAAGCUUUUUUUUCUGCUACUUGGGCAUUUCUACUGUGGUUUGCAUUAUUGCUGUUUUACUGCAUGGUACCUUGAAAUCCACAUUUCAUGAUGGAUCUGAUGAUGUACAUAAGAAUGUAGUUAACUGGUAAUGUAAGUAAUAGCAUUCAUAGAUACUAAUACUGAAAAGGA